AUGUACUGGCAGAGCAGUGGAGAGUAUCUCGCUGCCAAGGUUGAUCGAUACACAAAAACAAAGAAGAGUACAUACUCUGGAUUUGAGAUUUUCCGUAUCAAAGAAAGGGAUAUUCCCAUCGAGGUUCUUGAGCUGGACAACAAGAACGACAAGAUCAUUGCUUUUGCGUGGGAGCCCAAGGGUCAUAGGUUUGCUGUGAUUCAUGGUGACCAAGCAAGACCUGAUGUCAGCUUCUACCCAAUGAAGACCGCACAAAACACUGGAAGGGUUUCAAAGCUCGGUACUUUGAAGGCCAAACAAGCCAAUGCCCUCUUCUGGUCACCGACAGGCAAGUACAUAAUUCUUGCUGGGUUGAAGGGUUUCAAUGGCCCGCUUGAAUUUUUCAACGUGGAUGAGCUCGAGACAAUGGCCCAGCUGAACACUUCAUGGCCACGGAUAUCGAAUGGGACCCAACGGGAAGCAGUGACAUCAGUCCAUGAGAUGGAGAAUGGUUUCAGCAUAUGGUCUUUCAACGGGAAUUUGCUUUACCGGAUACUGAAGGAUUAUUUCUUCAAGUUGGCAUGGCGCCCAAGGCCGCCAUCAUUCUUGUCUGCAGAGAAGGAAGAAGAGAUUGCAAAGAACCUGAAAAAGUAUAGUAAGAAGUAUGAGGUAGAGGAUCAGGACGUGUCGUUGCAGCUGACUGAACAAGACAAAGAGAAGAGGAAUGCAUUGAAUGAAGAAUGGGAGAAAUGGGUGAUGCAGUGGAAGUCUCUGCAUGAAGAGGAGAAACUCAAGAGGCAAAAUCUUCGGGAUGGUGAAGUCAGUGAUGAGGAAGAAGAAGAUGAGUAUGAAGCCAAAGAAGUUGAGUUUGAGGAUCUUAUUGAUGUCACUGAGGAAAUCGUCUUUUCCUACUGA